AUGUUAUCGAUUGACGCUCUACCUACUAUAUUUUCGCUGCUUAUAGUCCUUCUUUAUAAGGAUUUUGGUAUAUAUAAUAUUAUGGUUAAUGCCGAUAGUAACUAUCUAUUUAUAAGCAAAUAUCGCCUUGGUGUUGGCUGGGUUCGAUAUGGUAAUUAUGAUACGUUAAAUAACAACUUUUGGAAUAUCCUUUCCGUAGGUACUGGAGGUCUCGAGGAGGAGACGAUCCGAACGAUAAAAUCUAUAAUGAUCGUGGGCCUUUUGCUUUCUUAUAGAUUUACGAGCCGCCUUGCUAAUAUGCCGAAGCCUGAGCCUAUCUGUGACGAUGAAAGCGGAGCUUACGAAGUGCUUGGUUUGGAUGGCUUACUUAUCGUGCCUACUACGAAGCUUGUGAAUUAG